AUGCUCCGGCUGCUGAGCGCCCUCCUGCUUGUGGCCCUUGCCUCGGGCUCUGCCCUACCUUUCUACAAGCCCUCCAGCCGCGUGGUCAACGGCGAGGAAGCAGAACCCCACAGCUGGCCCUGGCAGGCCCUGUUGCAGUACGAGGUGAGUGGGGGCUGGUCCUUCACCUGUGGCGGGACCCUCAUCGACCCUGACUGGGUUCUAACUGCCGGCCACUGCAUCUCGAGCUCCCGGAAAUACAGGGUGGUGUUGGGUGAGCACGAUCGUACAGUGACAACAGGAACCAAGCAGGUCAUCAGUGUUGCUGCUAUCUACGUGCACCCAGAAUGGAACUCCAGCUGUCUCAGCUGCGGCAAUGACAUCGCCCUCCUCAAGCUGUCGCACAGCGCCGAGCUGACACCUGAAGUACAGGCAGCCUGCCUCCCUCCCCGAGACUACAUCCUGCCCCAUGGGACCAAAUGCUAUGUCACCGGCUGGGGCCGUCUCAUCACCGGUGGACAAACGGCCAACCAGCUACAGCAGGCACUGCUGCCCGUGGUGGACUAUGCACACUGCUCUCAGGCGGACUGGUGGGGCUCCACUGUGAAGGAGACCAUGGUGUGCGCCGGCGGUGGUGACAGCUCUGCCUGCAAUGGUGACUCCGGGGGACCCCUCAACUGCCCUGGAGUGAAGUGUGAAUGGGAGGUCAACGGCGUGACCAGCUUUGUCUCCUCUCGUGGAUGCAACACCCUCAAGAAGCCCACGGGGUUCACCCGAGUGUCGGCCUACAUUGACUGGAUUGAGGAGAUCAUUGGUAGCAGCCUCAAGUGCUCGUGCUGA